AUGCCGGUCAUGAACUCAUCUCCUGAAACCAACCAUAUAACAUAUGAUGAUCCUAGAGACAUGUCUGUAACUCCGCCCAGCAUACUUGAUCUGAUCCGUGAUAAACAAGAGAGAAGAAAUAGAAUUCGACUAAAUCCGUUGUCGUCUUCCCCAUUGCAACUGCCAACUCAUCAAAUUUAUCAACAAAGAUCUAAUAAUCACCAAUUCUUGCCAUGUCAUCAUAACUUGCCUUCAUCACCAACUAGACCCAUAAACUUAAGAAAUAAACACAAUAAAAUACGACAAGUUCGUGAUCAACAUCGUCAAGAAAAGAUUCGACAAAAUCGAGACAAAACUACUGAUCUGCAGUUAGAUAAGGAUUCGAAAGCUGAACAUGAAUCUCAGGUUGAUGACUACUUGAAUAAUCGAAAUAUAGAUCAAUUAAUAGAGGAUGAGGAGGAAUACUUACUAUCUCAGAUCGCAUCAGAAGAAGCUGAAUUAAGGGCAUUGGAGGAAGAAAUGGAGAUUCUUACUAUGUUGGAAUCACUUGAGUUGUAA